AUGACGACUCCCGACACACCCAAAUCGUUCGAGGACAUGAUCCAUGCUGAUCGCAAUCGCAAGAAGAACGAGGAUCUUGCCAAACAAAUCUUUGGCCGAUCAAAAUCAUCACAAAACGUGAAAAAGAAUCAAAAAGAGAAGGAGCCCGGGUCUCCUAGCUUAGCAAGCCGCAUGGGAGUGCAGAAGCGACAUUCUUCUAGCAAUGCCACUCCUACACAAAAGAACAACCCAUUCAAUCCCCCGUCACGACCCUCGUCCACUACCCCUUCACAGCGCAAUGCGCGUGCCAGUCGCAUAGCUACCGAGAUAGAUAGCGGCAAGGCCAAUUUUACCACCUCUAACUCGCGGGCUAAUGCCUCACCCUCUGUUCCCAAUGGCAUGUCGCAAACGCAGCAAGGCCCUGGUUUGUCCAUAAAGGGCAGCGCAGGCCCCUUCACUAUCCAUGCCUCGAAUUUUGAUCCAGGUACAACAGAAGCAGAUAUUGAGGCAGCUCUUUACAGUGAUCUAUCCGACGAAACUGGUAACAACUGCUUACAAUCAUGCAAACUGGUUUCCAUUCGACCUCAGGUGACAUUCGAAAUGGUCUUCUCAGAGAAAAGUGUCGCCGAUCGUAUAAUCAAUAAAUUCAACAAUCUCAAAGCCGACGGUCGAAUUCUGAAGGUCGAAUUUGUGAGACCCGGACCGGGCAGCAGCACUAGCUCAAGGAAAGGCACAGCAGUCAAUACUAAUGUCGCUCAAUCUAUAGAGCCAGCUGUGGUCGACGACAUAGCAAUCGCAGGUGCAGCAGACGCAGACAUAGACAUGGAAGGGACGGAGGCUCCAGCUGAGUAUCCUGCUACCAGUGCCUACGACCAUGAAAGAGAAGCUGCAGAUCGAGACCGAAGAGACCGACAUGGCGAUAGAGAUCGAGAGGGAUACAGCAGCAGGAGAGACGAUCGCAGAGAAGAUAGAAUGCACGAUGAUCGCGAUCGCAGACACGAUGACCGUGACCGAGACCAUGACCGUGUAGAUGAGCGGGAAAGAGAUCGGGACCGAGAUCGGGAGAGGGACCGUGAAAGAGAGCGUGACAGAGAGCCAGGAAGAGAACGAGACUACGAUCGCAGGGAAUCUCAAUCACAAUCGCAACUACCAAGACCAUAUAAUGGUUAUUCACAAGCACCACCUGCCUACGGAAACGGCUUUAACAGACCACCUCGUGGCGGCAGCGGAUAUGGUGGUGGAUACGGUGGUCGAGGCUAUGGCUAUCCUAGAGGAGGAGGUUACGGCUCAAGAGGCGGAUACAGAGGUAGUUAUGCUCGAUAG